CUGGGAGGAAGGCUGUCGAGUGCGCGCUUCCAAGCGGAGCCAGGCUCGCGAGCGUGACGUUCCCCGGAGCCGGAGGAUGAAAGCUUUCUUGAGAUCAUGGGGGAAGUGGACGGGGCAGCUGCUGCCACGUGCGGGAUCGAGAGGCAGGGGGCUCUGCAGUUAAAAAUCAGACUGGAGGCGAGGAGGAAGUUGACGCUUUCUGUCUUUCUGCCUUCCGCUCACCAACAGGCGUCCCUUGUUGGCCAAGUGUUAACAGGCGUAGGAGUAUUGCAAGAAAUCUCUCGUGCUAUCCCAUGUGGUUUGAAGAGCAGCUAUGGAGAAAUGGAGCCUAAUGACAAUUGCCGCUUUACUAGGACUUACUGUCCGUUGGACUGUAUCACUUGGAUCUUAUUCAGGUGCAGCAAAACCACCUAUGUAUGGAGACUAUGAAGCUCAAAGGCACUGGCAAGAAGUUACCUACAAUCUGCCAGUCAGGCAGUGGUACUUCAACAGCAGUGACAAUGAUUUACAAUACUGGGGCCUUGACUAUCCACCUCUUACUGCUUAUCACAGUCUUUUGUGUGCUUAUGUCGCAAAGUUAAUAGAUCCUAGUUGGAUUGCUCUGCAUACAUCCCGUGGUUAUGAAAGUCAGCCACACAAGUUAUUCAUGCGUGCAACAGUUCUUGUUGCUGAUUUGUUAGUUUACAUACCUGCAGUAAUCUUAUACUGUUGUUGUUUAAAAGAGAGUUCAACGAAGAAGAAGAUUUCUAGUGCCCUCUGCAUAUUGCUUUAUCCAGGCCUUAUUCUCAUUGAUUAUGGACAUUUUCAAUAUAAUUCUGUGAGUCUUGGCUUUGCUUUGUGGGGAGUACUUUGCCUGUCAUAUGACUUGGACAUUUUGGGCUCAGUAGCAUUUUGCUUAGCUCUAAACUACAAACAAAUGGAGCUGUACCAUUCUUUGCCCUUCUUCUGCUAUCUCUUGGGAAAGUGCUUCAAAAAAGGUCUGAUGGGGAAGGGGUUACUGUUAUUAAUGAAGCUGGGGUUUACUGUAGUUGUUUCUUUUGCUCUCUGUUGGUUCCCAUUUUGUACAGAACUUGAACAAAUUUCGCAGGUGUUCAGAAGACUCUUUCCAGUUGACCGAGGUUUGUUUGAGGAUAAAGUAGCAAACUUUUGGUGCACCUUAAGUGUCCUUUUCAAAAUAAAGACGGCUUUGCCUCCAGGUGCACAGCUUAAGCUAAGCUUUGCUUUAACUUUCCUGAGUGUACUUCCCAGUUCUAUCAAAUUAACACUGCAGCCGUCUCUAAAAGGAUUUAAAUAUUCUUUGGCUGGUUGUGCAUUGUCCUUCUUUCUGUUCUCAUUCCAAGUGCAUGAAAAAUCUAUUCUUCUAGUUUCAAUACCAGUCUGUUUACUUAUAAGUGAAAUUCCAUUGAUGUCUACAUGGUUUCUACUUGUUUCAAACUUCAGCAUGCUCCCUCUUCUCCUGAAGGAUGGCCUGCUCCUGUCUUACAUUGUGACAACACUGGCCUUUGUCACAGUAUGUGCAGCCUCUUUUUCAAUAUUUGAAAAGACGUCUGAAGAUGACCUGCAGCUGAAAGCACUUUCCACGUUUAUUAGGAGAUACAUUCCUUGGUUUAAGAUAUUCCCCAAGGUUAUCAAGAUUUCAUUCCUUGUCUCAGUAAUUCUGAUGGGCAUCCUGACUUUAAUGAAUGUCACGUUGGAUCCUCCACAGAGGCUACCAGAUUUAUUUCCUCUAGCUGUCUCUGCUGUAUCUUGCUUGCACUUUUUAUUCUUCUUGCUAUAUUUUAAUAUUAUUGCAAUAUGGGAAUCAAGAGGUAGCCAAAAUCAAAAAAAGACCAGUUAGUUUAAAGUGCCAGCCUGUAAAACUAACUAAAAUUGAAAAGAAGAAAAAAGUUUUUAAUAUUUUUAUUGAUCUGUGUCUUAAGUUGUGUAUAAUGGGAAGUAUUAAAUUGCUUUAUUUUUUCUUGGAGGAAACCAGACAAAAAUAUGUACAUGCCAAUUUGUGCUGUUUCAGGGAUGUGAAUAGCUAUUGCAAAAAGGUGUCUGAAACAAACUCUUUGUCCUAGGUAUGCAAUAAAAAAGAACCAUGAUGCUUUGUUCAAAA